UUCUUACAAAACAUUUAUAGAUGCAUGUGUUAGGUUUCCUAAGCUAUGUGUGUAUGUAGGGUAUGUUGAUGGAAUGGCACUUCCAUGGUUAGGUUGUUCUUAUCUGAAGAUUCUCCUUCACAAGUUGGUUUCAUUGGUCAAGAUCACCUCCAGGCAAAGCCAUCUCAUGCAAGUGGAAUCACAUCUGAUGAUAAUUUACCUCCAGGUUUCGAAGGAGCACAGGCUUCGAACCUUUGGAGAACUAAGCUUUUCCAAAUACCUGUCAUCAAAUGGGAAUAUCCUCCAAGAUUCAAAUUGGAAGCUAACUGGCGAGUUGUUUCUGGCGAGGAGAGCCAAGAGCGGGAAGUUCAAAAGCAACGAGAGAUGAGAGUGCUUGAAGCAAUAUAUCCUCGCCCAUCUGCGAUUCCCCUCAACCCUUCAGCAACAGCAGAACACACUGUUGUUCACACUGAUAAUCAACACACACCUCUGAUUCCCAUCACAUCUAUCGAAGAAGACGACGCCGCUGACACAAUAUUAUUGCAGCAUGAUGCGCCCGCUGCUGUGGGUCCCAAUCCCACCAAUCUGACCCCUCCUUUAAUGGAGGGCCCUGAAGGAGCUACCGUGCCUUCCCAUUCAACCACCACUGCCGGAGCAUCCUCUUCUUCUUCUUCCUCUGGUAGCAGCUUGGAACCCGAUGACAGUUUAACGGUUGCGCUAGCUGCCUUGAGCUCGAUAAUGGCAAACGACCAUGGAAAUCUCAUUGACUCUGAACUCCUCGUCAAAAUUCUAAGUGACCCUCAAAUUAUAGGGCAAUUAGUCACCCAUCAAGGAGGAGGAGGAGGGAGCAACUUGCCAGCCAUGAAAAGUAGUAAUGGACCUGCGAAUGUGGGGCCGCCGGGCUUUAGCUUCUCAAAUCCAACAACACCGCUGCCCGUUACUAGUGGACCUAUCAACCUCCCUCCCCCUCCUCCUCCGCCGAGGAUGGUGGGACCCACCCCCAGCGCGAUUCAAUCAACUUCAUCACCCUCUUCCUCUUCCAAGGACAUGAACUAUUAUAAAAGCCUCAUUCAGCAACAUGGAGGGGAAAGACAAGACACCCUACCACCACCACCGCCGCCACCACGGCCUGGACGGGGAAAUCAACACAUAGAUUCUUCUCCGGUUCAGGAACCACCACUGCCGCCACCACCACAGCUAUACAACACCGGAUGGGGAAGUCAACACAUUGAUUCUUCUCCGGUUCAAGAACCACCACCGCCAGUUGUUAGUUCCAGAUCAUCAAGAGAUCCUAAUAAACCAAAGAUAAUGAAGCCCUGCAUGUUUUUCAACAGCCAGAGAGGGUGCCGGCACGGGGUGAAGUGUGCUUUUUUGCACGAUUCCCCUGCACCACCGCCGCCCUCCCAGCGGAGGGUAAGUGGUUUUCCGGACGUCCAAAGCACAAAGAGAAUGAAAAUGGAUAGGGAGAUUACCGGAACUUGAAUCCUGGCUUUGUACAUCCU